AAAAAAAAAUGAUACUGGUACUGAAAAUGUUCAAAUGAUGACUUAUGAAGAUGAUAAUAAUGACGUGGAUACAGAAGCCGAUUCUUCAAACUUAGAAGAUGAAAGUGAUGAAUAUCAAUUAGAGGAUGAAAAAGAGUUAGAUGAUGAUGAAAAUGAAACAUCCGAUUCUAAUUCUUCGUCGUCAGAAUUGAUCGAGCAUGAAAAACCAUAUUAUGGAGGUCGUAAAAAACUUCCACCACGAGCUGCAGCUACACAAAAAAUCGAUUAUUCUGAAAAUCGUUAUUAUCAUGAAUUUCAAGACUAUUUUUUUGCAAGAUUAGAUGAUGAUAAUGAACCUGAAAGAAAAAAAUCUGUGUCUACAUUAACAAGAAAAAGAUCAUCAAGGAAAUUAGAUAGUGAUGGUGAUUAUUCUAAUAAUUCGUCAGAUUCUCAAGACGGUCGGAGCAAUAAAAGACCUCGUAGAAAAAGAUUACCUAAUCGUGAGUCAAAAGAAAAAAGGAUUGAUUAUUCUGAAAAUAAAUAUUAUAGGCAAUUCGAUUCCGCUUUGAACGCUAAAUUUUGGAUGGAUAAAUCACCAGAUGAAGAAGAUGAUGAAAAUGGCGAAAAUGAAACAAAUAAUAAAAAGGAUAUUAAUAAAAAAGGAAAAAACAAAAAAUCGGCUACCGUUACUACGCCACGCGAGACACCGCGAAAAACAAAGACAUCAUCAAAUAGAUCUAAUCAAACUAUCCGAUCUGCGUCUUCUAGAACUUCUAAUAAGAUUACUCAACCACAUUUAGGCGAAGAUGAGAAAGUAUCCGACCAGGAUAAUGGCGAUAACGAAGAUAUUAUGGUUCAAGAUGAUGAAAUAAGGACAAAAAAGGUUCGUGGACGUAACACUGUUGGAUAAAUAUGUAUCAAAUGUGAAAUUCGUUUAAUUAUAAUCAUUAAUAAAUCUAUUAAAUAUUC